AUGGAUCACACUGCGUGCACUGCUGCCAUACAAUCCGACUUCUGCAGAACCAUUUCUGAAAUAACGGCAUUGAUUACAAGAAAUAGUCAGCAUUUGCUGCUCUGCGGAGUGGAUCCAAAGAUCAUAUCGACCGUUACUGAACUAAUAGAGACACAUGCAACUAGUGUUGGCAGAGACACUGUCCACAUUCAUUCUACAUCGCAUAAGGACCAGAACCCACAGGGAAAGGUUUUUUUCAUUCGCAUUUCACACUGCACAACCACAUCUAUACAAUCGCUGGUGUAUUACUAUCUACACAAGUCAAGAACAUCCGAAUGCUGCCUGAUACUCAUCUCGGAUUCAUGCACAGCACUCGAUGCAUUUGAAAGACGCGUAAAAUCAAGAUUUAAUCACAGAGUGUUUUUCCUUGGGUUUCUUUGCCUCGAAUCAUACACACGUCUGUACUUCAAUGCAAUGGGAAAACACGUUUCAUCCACAGAAGAGCUCACAGAUCAUGAAAAGAAUUCGGUAGCCAGGUUGCAUCACACAGAUCCAAGCAUGGCUACUCUUGAGAAGACCAUCCUCGCUCACAAAUACAGCAUCCCAGAGUACUCAAUCGAAACACUCUACAAUCUGCUCGACUCUGUUCACAUCACACUUAUUACAAUAGCAACAAAAAAACGAAUAAAAUACACCAACUGUGUUUCUGAGUUCAAGGCAUUUACUUCAGGUGCCAACGAGCUGAAGAAAACCAACCCGAUCGAAAUCGUCUUCUGCUUCUUGGACCUAAUCAACUCAGGUAUCAUAGGCAUCGAUGGAGAUCUACUGAUUGAUGUAAACUGCUUCAAAAGAUACGUCAUCAACAACAGACAGGUAUAUCUCAAAGCACUGCUACACAAAAACAUCCCAUAG